CUGCUGGUGGAUGGGCAGGUUAACCCAGGGGAGGGGAUAGGCUGACCCCCGAAGCCAGCUAAGGGCCCCUGAUCUGUCUGCAGCUAUUGCCCCCCCCCCUUUCCUCCCUGUCCUUAAACUGGUAGCAGAAGUCAGCUUUGAUUUUCUGGCCCCUUUGUGAUCCAUAGUUGAUGGUAAUUUAGUCCAGCACUUGUGGAGGAGGAAUCGGCUGGUGGGGGAGGGGGGGUCGCUUCAGUCAGGGGCUGCAGACUAAUCGCCCAGAUCUCUUUUCUCCAACUUGCUCUCCUUCGGUUGGAGUUACAGCAGCUUGUUUCACAAGGCUGUGAUGGACAGCUGGGAUUUGCAGAGCAAACUAAGGUGCUACUGAAAGAGGCCAGGUGCCCUUAGCUUGCUGGGGUGCCCUUCCUAAACUGUGCCGGAUGGGGGUCCCUUUCACUCAGGCCUGAAAGGGGGGUGACUGGAGUGCUAGUGAUCGUUUCUUGAAGGCCUUGAUGAGAGAGUCUCUGGCCUGGAUAUGCGGCAAACGGGGGUUCCCGCGAACGGGGCCAGAAUUCCCAACCCAGUGUCUGGCUGCUAGGAAUGCGGCAAGGCAGCUGCAAAUGAGGAUCUGCUUUCUGGGCUUCAGAGAGUGGUGGGGAUGAUGAGUGGGCCUAGGAAAGAAAAGGGCUGCCCAAGGCACGGGGAGGCACCGGCCUCUCUUCCAGGCUCUCUUCACCCAGAGAUCAGCUGCAGGAGCUAGAAAUCCCUCUUCUGGGUGUAUGUGUUUGUGUGUAGGGGGAUUUUUUCAGUCCCCUCCGCUGCAUUUCAUUGCUUGGAGCUGAGCUGUGCUUCGCUGGGUGGGCUGGAUGCGAGGAGCAGCAUGUGAUCCAGCCAGUGGCCCCUCCCUCCUCCUUUGGCCACUCUCCUGGAGCAGAAACCAGACUCCCUUUCAGCACCUCCCUCCCCCACAUAAACUCACACCACCCACUUCCAAGGCAUGCAGGGAAGCCUGGAUCUUGCCAUGCUGGGAACACUCUGUGCUGUUACAUAAUCUGGCUUGACCUAGGAAAGGCGGUGCAGCCUCUCUGCUCGGGGCCCUUCCUCUCCUUGCACCCCCCACCCACCCCGAAAGGCCCUGUGCUAAGCAGACACAUGGCUAGCAAGCUGAAUGGGGUGGGGGCAGGACCGGAGAGUUGACAGUGUUGGGGGAUAGCUGAGCCCCCUGGAGACAGGGCUGAGCAGGGCGGGACCACAUCCAGAGCGGGAGAAAACAAGGGGACAUUCCCGAAAGGCUGAGCAGACAGGGGACUUGCCCCUUGGCAUGCUUUAAACAAAGUGGGCCACAUCUCAGUGUUUGGGGCAGGAUGGGGUUUGGGUGCUGCACAGAUGUUUCAAGCCCUCUGCACCACACAAGAAAAGAUUGGCUGCCAUUUGUCAGAAAUGGUGUAGGGUCUCCUGGACUAGAUGACCUAUAAGGUCCCUUCCAACUCUCUUAAUCUGUUUAAAAACCCAUCAGUCCGGGGGUGGGGGCACCGUUUAGGGAGGGCUGAAUGACGCCUGCAGAGAUGCCUUCUGUGAAUAGAAUUGAAUUGAAUUGAAUUGAAUUGUUUAUUGGCCAAGUGUGAAUGGACACACAAGGAAUUUGUCUUUGGUGCAUAUAUUCUCAGUAUACAUAAAAGAUGCAUUCAUCAAGAAUCAAGGUACACUUUAUUUUUUAAUUUUUAAAAAGUUUUUUAUUUUAAACACAUUAAAAACACAUUAAAAAUCAAACACAUACAUACAACAAAAAAUAACACAAAAAAGAAAAAUAUCACUUUAAAAGUACACUUUAAAUACCACUUUAGAUUGAACUGAAAAGGGAAACAACAGGAGAGAGGGGAAGGAGUAGAGAGAGAGGAAGGGAGAAGAGAGGAGAGGAGAGAACAGAAAGAAGAAAGGGAAAAGGAAAGGAAGAAAAGAGGGGAAAGAGGAGUAGAGAAGGUUAGAAGUGGGGAAGAGAAGGAGAGAAAGAACGAAGGAAGUAGGAGAAGAGAGAGGAAGGAAGAGAAAGGGAGGAGAAGAAGAAAGAUUGGAGUAAAGGUAAAGGGUAAAAGAGCAGUCCCGAAAAAGUAAAAAUUAAAAAUGAAGGUUAAAAGAAAAGAUGAAUAAAAAAUGAUGAAAAUGACUGUACAUGUAAAUGUGUUUAUGAGAAAUAAAAAUAAAAAAUAAAAAAGAAUCAUAACGUACAACACUUAAUGAUAGUCAUAGGGAACAAAUAAGCAAUCAAAUCAUACUAGGAAACAAAUCAAUAUAAAUCAUAAGGAUACAAGCAACAAAGUUACAGUCAUGCAGUCAUAAGUGGAAGGAGAUGGGUGAUGGGAACGGUGAGAAGACUUAAUAGUAAUAGUAAUGCAGCCUUAGUGACAGUGUUGAGGGAAUUAUUUGUUUAGAUUCGGGAAAAAACUGUCCUUGUGCCUAGUUGUUCUGGUGUGCAGUGCUCCAUAGCAUCGUUUUGAGGGUAGGAGUUGAAACAGUUUAUGUCCAGGAGGUGAGGGGUCUGUAGAUACUUUCACAACCUUCUUUAUGACUCGUGCAGUCUACAGGUCCUCCAUGGAAAGCAGAUGGGUAACAGUUGUUUUUUCUGCAGUUCUAAUUACCCUCUGAAGUCUCUGUCUGUCUUGUUGGGUUGCAGAGCCAAACCAGACCGUUAUGGCGGUGCAGAUGACAGACUCAGUCAUUCCUCUGUAGAACUGGAUCAGCAGCUUGGCAUGGAGAGCCUGGACUGUGUGAGGUGCAGGCAUGCCUUCCAAUGAGCCCUCGAGCCCCCCUUCCUGCCUUGCACAUCACAAGAGGAGCCCAUUGGCCAGGCCAGGUUCAAAGUGGGGGGGCCACGUGGGGCAGCCUGAGAAGAUGGAAAGGGCCUCCCAUAAUUGCCCCCCCCCCAAUCCCAGCUGCCCAGUGAGUGAAGGAGAAAAGGACUCUGGAUUUUCAGACGGCAGCUUGGAGUGCCUGAGUGCCAUUGAGCAGACGGACAACGAGGACUCGGCCAGCCCACCCUUGCCCCCAAGGCCGGCCAAGUCGCAGAAAGCGAAGGAGAGGCUCCUGGGUGGCACCUUUCCUGGUGGGCUCACACCUCUCUACCUCAUCAAGAAUGUGAUCCUCGAACAGACCCUGGGAGUGUCCCCCACGACCCCCUUCCUGGCCUGGAGCAACCAGCACCCCCUGGAGGGUGCUCACAGCUCUGCAGCCCUCCUCCUCCUCCUCCAGGAGCCCAUGGCCUCUCUGAAGCCCAUGCUCCCCAGCCAGAAGCCCUCUGUCAAGGAGAUCCACUUCCCCACCCUCAGCGCUUACCCCAGAAUUGCUGCUCACCUGGGCUGGCAGGCCGAGGAAGCACCCAGCCCAGUGGCAGAGCCCAGCAGGCACAAGCAAUUCUACGCAGGGGAGGCCUGGGCAUCUCCAGAAGCCCCCACCGCAAAGGACAGCUGCGAGAAACCGCCAGAAGAGUCGCCUGCGAACUCACAGACUUCUGCCCUUGUGUGGCCAGAGGCACCCGCUCGGCCCACCCUGUCCUGCGCUGGGUUAUCCCCUGCUGGGGACAGGAUGGCUGUCAAGGGUGCCAGGAGGCCGGGGGGACACAGCCUGGCGAGACAGCACCGCCUGCACAACACAGUGGAGAUCCUGCGCAGGUCAGGGCUGCUGGGCAUCACGCUACGGACCAAGGAGCUGCUCCGGCAGAACAGCAGAACCCAGCGGGAGCUGGCCCAGCUGCGGGAAGAGGCCCAGCUGCUGUGCGAGGCCAUCCGGAGCAGCGACUCCCGGGUGUGGGCUCGCUUCCAGGACGCCAUCUGCUGCUCGGCAGCCCCCUGCCCAUCCAGCAAGGGGGGCGGUGCUCAAAGCCACUUGGGGCAGCAGCCAAAUUUAGCCGCUCAGCCCACGGGCCCUCUCCUGCCCAGCCCUGGAGAGCUCCUGUCCAGCUCUGGGCUGGCUCUUGGCCCAGACACCACCUUGCCUGUGGCUCUGCCUUAGCUGCCCCCUGAGCUCACGUUGUGCCCUGAGCAAAGGGGCACCAUCUCUCUCACCAAAGGAGCUGGCAGCUGCCAACGGGCCCUGCCUGGCCUUGCCCUGCCGGCGAAGGCGUUCCUUUUCCUGGUGUGGUACUUGGUCUCAGGGUGGGCUGGUUUCUCCUGAGCUCCCAGGAUGGGGUUUAGCAAGCACAGGAUCAGAGCCCAGAAAGAUGGAGAGGGAGGAAGGCAUUUGGGAAGCACCCAUCAUGUUGGGCAUUCUUUGCGUCAGCCAUGAGCUUCUGUCUCCAGAGUUUGGGCAGUCAGAAGUGGGGGACCCACCCAAAGUGGCAAUCCGGACAUCACUCCCCUGGCCCUCGGCUAGCAGCUGCACUGGUCUGUUCAUCGGGGCAACUGUGCCCUGAAAGAGCUGGUUCUCUGCUGAUGAACAUUGAGGCUGUUCAGAAGUAAGCUUCCCCCCGAAGCCUGCCCUGCUGUUACCAGGAGAGGCAUUAAUAAAAGAAAGUAAAAAUCUGGAUGUGAUUCAGCCUUUGUCCUUUGCCACUGCCCUGUGGGUAAGAGGGUGCUGUGGGGUGAACGGGUGCUGGGGCAGCCACUGCAGGGCAGCAAAACUUCAAUCUUGGAGUGAGCAAAGUCUUGGGCACCCCAGGAUCAGCCCUUCAGCCUCGCCAGAGAUGCUAAGAAACCCCUUUGGCCAGGCCGGAGUGGCACAAGGCUUGGGGAACCACAUUUGGGAAGGGUAUGUGAUGUAGGGGCAGCCUGUUGGGAAGGUUCAGGGGCCGCCAGGGGGGGGGCCUAGCCAUGGGCAAGAGCAGAGAGAGAAGCGUAGAAGUGUGUCCCAUCUCCCCCUUGAGAUGUCUUCCGUGUCUAUCUGGAUCACCCCCUCCCCAAGAACCUCUGGAUUACUGUUUACUGCCUCUGACCAGCUUCUGGGGUUAUAUCAAAGCCUUUGACAUUUACAGGUUUUCAAGAAGAGAUUGGACAACCAUUUCUCUGAAACGCUAUAGGAUUUCCUGCCUGAGCAGAGGGUUGGACUAGAACAGGGGUCUCCAACCUUGGCAACUUUAAGUCUGGAGGACUUCAACUCCCAGAAUUCCCCAGCCAGCAAAGCUGGGAGUUGAAGUCCACCAGGCUUAAAGUUGCCAAGGUUGGAGACCCCUGAAGUCCAUAGCAAGUCUGUUAUUCUGGAGGCGGGGAUCCCUGUUUCGGGAAGACUGUUGGCUGGGACCUUCUGUACUUGUCCAGAUGUGGAUUUUAGGCUUCUGGGAGAAGAAAAUGUAGCCCAACAACAGUAAACCCACGUUUUAAAAAGUUUCCAGAGAACUAAUACAAGGAAAAGUCAAAUUGUAUAAAAAUGUGACAGGGCCCUCAUCUGCCAUUCUAGCAGAGCAGAGCUUUGGAAAGUGCCAAAAAAAGUUGUUUUAAGUAUUUACAGUCUUUAGCUGGGAGCUGCUCCCAGGUGUCUGUUCUGGGUUUUGGAAGUUGGCUGCUUCACCUGCUCUGGCCACAGUGGGGAGGGGGGAGGAGGCUGUCUCUAUGCCCCUGACCCACAUCUGGGGGACAGAGGAAGGGGAAGGGAAGGAAGAAAGGCAGGCAUGGUGGGAGGAAAGCCUUUUGGCCUGUGGCCACAACACAGACAACUUGAGGCAGUCACGCUUUUUUAUUUUUCAAAAACAAAGCAUAAAAAUAAUAUCAUUCCAUACAAUUAAAGGCAGUGUAUCAGUUGGUGGCAUUUUUUGUGCUCCUCCUCUCUUCAAUUUAUCACUAAACAUGCUAGUUUAUUUCCAAAAAUUUCAACAUCCAUUUAUAUCAUAAUUAUUUCCAAUUCUUAUUCUCUAUCCAUUGGUAAAAUAAGUCCCAUAUCAAAUAGUAUUGUCUAUCUUCCUGCUCUCUUAUUUCAAAUGUCAAUUUACUCAUUUCAGCACAUUCCAUCAUUUUCUUAAUAAUUUCUUCAUCAUUAGGUAACUCUUCUCCUUUCCAGUUUUUAGCAAAUACAAUUCUGGCUGCUGUCAAAAGAUUCACAAUUAAAUACUGCAGUUCUUUAUUAUAUGUCUCCAGUAUGAUCCCUAAUAAAAAUAUCUGUUUUAAAGUCAA